UUUCCGUACAUGAUUAAAGAUGGAGGAAGAGGCACGUAAGCUCCUCGAAGAGGGAAUUAACAAGAAACUGAUAAGUCCUGGUAAAGGAGAACUGUCGACAUUUCCACAUGGAACGAAGGUUGUUUUUCACUACCGCACCAGCUUGUGUGAUGGCACGGUGCUGGAUGACUCCAGAGCCAUGGGAGGCCGCAGCAAACCUAUGGAGCUCAUUCUGGGCAAGAAGUUUAAAUUGGCUGUGUGGGAAAGAAUAGUCACCUCUAUGAAACAAGGCGAGAUUGCAGAAUUUACCUGCGACACCAAGCACACAGCUCUGUACCCACUCGUGUCCCAGUCGUUGAGAAACAUCAGUGUUGGGAAGGACCCCCUGGAGGGCCAGAGGCACUGCUGUGGCAUUGCUCAGAUCCACUCCCACCACUCUUUGGGGCACAAAGACCUGGAUCAUCUUCAGGCCAACCCUCAGCCUCUCAUCUUCACCAUCGAGCUGCUACAGGUUCUUUCUCCUGGUUCUUACCAAAUGGAUAUGUGGGCUAUGACUGACCAAGAGAAGCUUGAGAUUGUGCCUCAGAUCCACGAGGAGGGCAACGCGCUUUUUAAACAAGGCAAAAUUAAGGAGGCCUCGGAGAAGUACUACAAUGCCAUAGCCUGCCUCAAAAAUCUGCAGAUGAAGGAGCAUCCUGGAGAUGGAGGCUGGAUAAAGUUGGACCUCAUGAUCACACCACUGCUUCUGAACUACUGUCAGUGCCUGCUACUGCAGGACCAGUACUAUGAAGUCAUCGAGCACUGUUCCUCCUUGGUCUUCAAAUACGAAGAUAACGUAAAGGCCUACUACAAAAGGGCUAAAGCUCAUGCUGCAGUGUGGAACGAGGAGCAGGCCCGAGCGGACUUUGCCAAGGUGUUGGAGUUGGACCCGUCUCUGGAAGCCUCCGUGAACAAAGAGCUGAAGGCCAUGGAGGAGAAGCUGCGCUCCAAGCAGCAGGAAGAGAAGGGUCGUUACAAGGGUCUGUUCGACUUCAACACACGUCCAGCCGCCGCCACUACGGGCUGAAGCGGGUUGGACUUGUGAAUUUCAAGAUGGAGACGACACUURCGAUGUUUUGAUUUUGUCUGUGCAUUUAAGCCAAACAUGCUGCCAAUCUGCUCCCAUUCAGACCUACACACUGACACCAUGAGCUUUUAAAUAUACAUUUAUAUAUAUAUUUGCCGUAGUCCUCUGCGUUCAUGGUCUAAAUGAAUCUGUGGCUCUGAUUGGAGCAUAGUCAGUGCCUGUUACGGUGUCUGCAGAACCAUUGAUCCAGUGCAGCAUAUUUUUCACUUUAAYAGAACACUUCCUGUUUUUGUAUUUAUUUAGCCUUUUAGGGAUCCAAACAUGUAAGGAUUUGGUAAAUAAUUGCUCCCAGUAGUGAGCAUCCAGGUUGUAAACUUCAGUAAGAAGUUURAUAAAAUGAUAAUUUGAUUUUCCCCAUUUUGCUUAACAAUGAAUGGCUUAAGUUUUAUGAACAAAAUCAGUUUUUCAUAGCACUUGUCAGUUGGUUAUGCAUACUUUUCUUUCUUACAGCUGUACUAUAUUCCUAAAUACUCCUUGUAACGGCUGCUCAGGAUCAAAGCAGAGAAUGCCUCUCAUGGUCAUCAUUCAGGUCACAGCUGAAGCAGCAUGAAGGUUGGACAUACAGCGAAGCGGUCUGUGACAAUCACUAAAUGGAACARAAGGACUUUUGUUUUCUUUGCUUUCCAUAUGCUCUUAUUUAGUGUAUAUAAGUAUCUAAAUGUCCUCAUUUUAUUGUAAAGAUGCAGAAGCCGUUGCUUUCUCUCUCUUUAAGAAGAGCUGUUUAUUACUCAAGUUGCUCAGCAAGUUUUCUGAAGUGAAAUGUUAACCAGGCUGUGAUGUAACCAAAAAAUAAAUUUGUUUAUCCCCACAC